CACGUGGUGUAAGCAGGCUUCUGAAUGAUUUAAAAGGCUCUUGCCUCCCACCGCCUCCUGGUGAUGCGCGAGAUGUGCUGCUGCUGCUGAAGAGGGAGAAGAAGAGAGAGAGAGAGAGACUGCAGCAGCAACCGACAUGGAGCUCGAGCCUUUCCGGGGGAGAGCGAGCAUCCUCUAAUCUGUCAGGGUCACGGUAGAAUAUAUGGACACCUGAGACAACAGACAACACUUCUAUAUCACCAUGAGGAACUGCUGACACCCUCCUCACCUGACUACCAGAGAGAAGACACUUUUCUUCCUCCCAUCCUCUCUCCCACUCCACCCGUCUUCAUAAGGAUAAACGUUAUUUUCGAAAAUAGAGAAAAAAGCUGAAGCCCUCUCUUGACCCUUGACCUCUAACCCCUGAUCUGUGACCUCAAUAUGUCAGGUCUGCGUGGUAAGCUGCAGCGUGUCCAGUGGCGGGCAGGAUGGCACUCCUUCACCUCCAGAGUCCUCAGGACCAAACCGGUCGAGAGCAUGUUGGACUCUGGGACAGGUGGUGCCAGCAGCCAUGGCACCAAACUAGCGAGGGUGUUGUCCACGGUAGACCUGGUGUCACUAGGGGUGGGCAGCUGCGUUGGCACGGGGAUGUACGUGGUCUCUGGGCUGGUUGCUAAGGAGAUGGCUGGACCUGGCGUCAUCGUUUCCUUCAUCAUCGCUGCUGUCGCCUCUAUACUGUCAGGAGUGUGUUAUGCUGAAUUUGGGGUUCGCGUUCCCAAGACAACAGGCUCAGCCUACACCUACAGCUACGUGACAGUGGGGGAGUGUGUGGCCUUUUUCAUUGGCUGGAACCUGAUCCUAGAGUACCUGAUUGGUACAGCCGCGGGGGCGUCGGCUCUCAGCAGCAUGGCGGACUCACUAGCCAAUAAAAGCAUCUCCACGUUUAUGACUACGCACAUCGGAACACUCAACGGCCUGGGUAAAGGAGAGCAGUCGUACCCAGACCUCCUGGCCCUGCUGAUAGCAGUGAUUGUGACAGUGAUCGUGGCCCUGGGGGUGAAGAACUCAGUAGGGUUUAAUAAUGUGUUGAAUGUGAUCAACCUGAUGGUGUGGGUCUUCAUGAUGGUGGCCGGACUCUUCUUCGUCAACGGACACAACUGGGACGAUGGAAGGUUCCUACCCUUCGGGUGGUCAGGGGUGAUGCAGGGAGCAGCAACAUGUUUCUAUGCCUUCAUAGGGUUUGACAUCAUUGCUACUACAGGAGAGGAAGCCAAGAGUCCCAACACCUCUAUACCCUAUGCUAUUACUGUUUCCCUCAUCACCUGCCUUACUGCAUACGUCUCUGUAUCAGUGAUUCUGACUCUGAUGGUUCCCUAUACAGAGAUAGAUGCAGACGCUCCUCUGAUGGAGAUGUUUGCUGUCCAUGGCUGUUAUUUUGCUAAGUACAUAGUAGCAGUAGGUUCUGUAGCUGGCCUGUCUGUCAGUCUCCUGGGCUCUCUGUUCCCCAUGCCACGAGUCAUCUACGCUAUGGCUGGAGACGGACUGUUGUUCAGGUUCCUGGCCCAUGUGUCUCCCUACACUGAGACUCCAGCAGUAGCAUGUGUUGUGUCUGGCUGUCUGGCUGCUCUCCUCUCUCUCCUCGUCUCCCUACGAGAUCUCAUAGAGAUGAUGUCCAUAGGAACACUACUGGCUUACACACUGGUUAGUGUGUGUGUGUUGUUGCUACGCUACCAGCCAGAAUCAGACAUCCACGGCUUUGUGAACUUCCUGUCUGAGGAGCAGUCCAAUAAGAAGAAGGAGGGCGUGUUAGCUGAGUGUGAGAAGGAAGUGUGUUCUCCAAUCAGUGAAGUAGAUGACUACGGAGGACCUCAAACUAACACCUGUGGAGCUAAGAAUCUCCCCUCGCUAGGCGACAACGAGAUGCUGAUUGGUAAACCAGAUAAAACCACUUACACUGCCAGCCACCCGAACUACGGCACCGUCGACAUGGGUUCCGGCAUCGAAUCAGAAGAGUCGGAGGGCGGGAUGUCAUGGAGGCUGAAGAAGCUGAUUGGUCCGCGGUACUACACCAUGAGGAUCCGAUUGGGCCUGCCUGGGAAGAUGGACCGGCCCACUCCGGCAACGGGAAAGACAGUUACUGUCUGUGUCCUCCUCCUCUUCCUCGUCGUCUUCAUCUUCAACUCCUUCAUCAUCUUCGGAGCGGCCAGCAUCGGUGAUGGCAGCUGGUGGGCUCUUCUCCUGCUGAUCUUCCUGGUCAUCUUCAUGGCCCUCCUCAUCGUCAUCAUCCUGCAGCAGCCAGAGAACCCUAAGCGACUGCCCUACAUGGCUCCGGCUGUUCCCUGGGUUCCUGCUGCUGCCAUGCUGGUCAACAGCUACCUGAUGUUAAAACUGUCUGCCAUCACCUGGAUACGCUUCGCUGUCUGGUGUUUCCUAGGUAUCCUGAUCUACUUUGGCUAUGGGAUGUGGAACAGUACUUUGGAGAUCAGGUCCAGGGAGCAGGAGGUCCAUGCGUCUACAUACCAGCGCUACGAUGGUCACCAUGCCGGGGUGGACGACGGCUUCUCAGGCUUCAGCGUUGACGACGACCUCUACCCCCCUAGCAACAACGACCCCUGGGCCGCACCAGACGGUGUCGACGGGUCAGGGCUGGUACCCCCCAAGGCUGAUGAUGAUGAUUGGAUGGAUCCGAAGGGAGAAGCUAAGAGAGCGCUAGCGGAGGAGGACCCAAUGGAUUUCUGAGAAGAAAGGAAUGAUGGACGGCUGGACGGAUAUUUCAGAGAGGAUUGAUAGAUGUUACUGUUGUUAACAACUGAAUGUACUGCCUACUGCUGGCUGCCUGCCUGCCGGGUGUGUGUGUGUGUGUGUGUGUGUGUGUGUGUGUGUGUGUGUGUGUGUGUGUGUGUGUGUGUGUGUGUGUGUGUGUGUGUGUGUGUGUGUGUGUGUGUGUGUGUGUGUGUGUGUGCUGUGUGCGUCCAUGUGAAUGUUUGUGUGGGUCCCUUGUUACUUAUUUAAAAACUUUUUUUUUUCAUUGAGUUCCAAAGGAAAUAUGAUCCUAUGGAGGAAAGCUGUAGACUACCAGUUAGAAACAGUGGGCGGGGUCUUUGGGUUGAUUUGGUGAUGGGCAUACAGUGAAGGUAUUUUCCUCUCACUAUAGACAGUCCAGAGUGAUGACAGACUGGGAGCGACGAGUCAGCAUUUCCUGGUUCACCACACACACAGGAAGCUGUCAGAGCGCUGAGCCGAGGUCACUUCCUGUCACUAGUCCAGGUGUCUCUGCUGCUUCUCUCAUCUCACAGAGAGGAAACUAGCUACACACACACACACACACACACACACACACAGACACACUUAGACACACACCCGCCUCUCCAGUCUCUAUCUAGGAAGGAGGGGGGCUGAUGGGGUUUUUGUGUCACAUAGUAAUUGGACUUUGCUUGCAAUAGUGCCUUCAUCUGUGUGUGCACGUGUGUUUUUCUUUUGGCUGUGUGUGUGCAUGCGUGCGUGCGUGUGUGUGUACGCUUUUACACCUUGUAUCUGUGUCCCCUUCAGGGUCUUACCAGUGGAGUGUGUUUGUGACUUCUUUUGCUCCAUCCCACUCUCUAUGAAUUAGUCACAUAGAACCCUCUAAUUCUAAUGUCUCCACCCCCUUGGGGAAGCCUUACUUGUCAAAUGCACUAAACUAAAGAUGCCACGCGACCCCUCCUACUCUCCACGACCCAUAACCGCUGACCUCUAUCCCUAACCACACUACCCAGGGUUCUCUCUGCUGUUCAGGGGUGGGCUCGCUUGAGUUGUCCAGUGAAACACACACACACAUACACAUACACACACACACAGUUCAGCUGAACCCAAAACCAGAAAGGGGCUUCAGUAGGUACUCUGUGUUCCUUACUGUGUGUGUGUGUGUGUGUGUGUGUGUGUGUGUGUGUGUGUGUGUGUGUGUGUGUGUGUGUGUGUGUGUGUGUGUGUGUGUGUGUGUGUGUGUGCGCAAGUGUGUGUGCAUGUGUGUGUGUGUUCCAUGCCUGUGGCUAUGUGACGUGGCUGGCUGGUGAAUGUGAUAGCAUGCUAAUGUGUAUAGCAUGGUUGUAGAUGUUGUAUUUGCAUGUGGUGACUGACAGCUAAGAGACAUUAUAGAACUAACCCUACUCCAAACUGACCGCUGACCCCUGAUAAGGGAAACUAUCGGGCGAAGGGGACUGGUCCAUCUGGAACUGGGGUAUGAUAUGUAGCAAAUUUAGGAGGUGGUGGUUCUAUGGUUUCAUCUCCACCCCUCACCACCGCUAACUCCACCCCUUACCCCCACACCCUGUGUUUACAAAGCAAGCCAAAGUCCACAACAUUUGUUAACUUUGUAGAGAACAAAACAACAAUGAGAAUCCAGUAGGCCAUAGACCUGUACAAUAGAUUGAAGUCACUCACGGUAUAUUACGUUCUGCUUAUAAACGGUUAAUAAUCACUUCAACAGGGUUUGUUUAGGUCCAACUGAAUUAUGAAUGUUAACUAUUCAAUCAGGAUCCACCUGGAACCAAAUAUAAAAAGACCCAAAUAAUGUAAUAUUUCUAUUGCAACAAGUUAACUAAGGGUUAACUACAUAUCUAAUAAUGGUUUAGAAGCCAUUUUUAAGCAGAAUUCAAGUUUUACUGAGAGCACUUGCUAGAGUAGACACAUGCAAUUACAUUCACUUGCUAGAGUAAAUACAUUACAGUUACAUCCAACAGCAUCGACACAAAAACAUGAGGGAAAACUAUCAAACAAAAAUAGAAGUAUUUUUCUACUGCUGGGUCACGCCCACACCUAUGGUCCUCCAAUGGUGGGCCUCCACAGUAAGUGGGUGAGGUUUAUCUACUUUCACUUCUUGUAUUUCUCCCAAUCAGAGCUCAGCUUGGGAGGAAACAGCGAAAGCUUAUAUUUUGAACUUCUAUCUCUACACGUAUAAGGUUAAGUAAAAAAAAAAAAGAAUUUUCUUUUAAAGAUCUUAUAACAUUUAUUACAGUCUAAAGUAGGCAAAAUAGAAGGUUAUGAAAACAUUAAAAAACAAUAAAACACUAUUUUAUUACAACACUAAAGAGAAUGUUGCCACUGUUGCUUUUAAAGUCUGAGCUGUUUGUUUUGUUCAUUUUGUCUCGGGAGAAGGUGUGCCAUGUUUCUGUCCACUUCCUGGUAUUCAAUCAUAAUGCAUUCCGGUUUGAACCGUACAGAACGUCAACAAUCUUCCUAACAGCUUCCUAAAGCCCAUUUAGGGACGGGUGAUAUAAAUUAACACCAGCUAUCCACAUUGGUUAAAUUGCUGGUUUAUUCAAUAGGUCAAUGAAAUGCACUGCGAUUGAAUUCCUGCCUCUAUCUCUCUCCUGCUGUGGCUGGCUGUCUUUGUGGGAUGUUGAGACUGGCUUCUGUUUGCUGACUAGAUAUUUGUUUUUCUUCUGUAUAUUUUUGCUAUCUGAAGUUGUAAAAUGUUCUGAUGUAUUUGGGGUUUUCUGUUAUUGAUUUUGACUUCGUCUGAAAUGACACCCUAUCAGGACUCUGGCCAAAAGUAGUGCACUAUAAAGGGAAUAGGGUGCCAUUUUGAAUGCAGGCCCUAUGUGUGUUUCUGCUCCUGAGUACACUUGUUUAAGCUGAGUUGUCGAUAUCACCUCCAUGCAAAAAUGAAACAUUAUUUAUUGCAAAUAUGAA